AAGUGAGCAUGUCACAAGUCCUUAUAUCUUAGUAUUAAUGCUAUGUCGUUCUAUUCAAUUUGAACCAAGAAAUUCUGACACUAUUACUGCUUAGAAUUCCACAGGAGGGCAAAGACAGGAAAACAUGCAACUAGCAUCAGUGGCAGUGGCACCUAGCAAAGCUUCUUCUCUCUCUAAACAGUUUUUGCAGCGGAAGAAAUUCAAGAUUUUGGGGGAGCAUGAAGCAAAUGGCAACUUCCACAAACAAGAUAAGGUGAAGCUGUUGAAAUUCUUGGCCCCACAUCUUGUGGCUGCAGUUGUAACCUUAUCUACUCCCAUCUCCAACCCCCCUGUGUCAUUGGGAGAAACACUAGAUGUGCAUAAAGGCGCCACCUUGUUCCGCCGGUCUUGCAUUGGAUGCCACGAUGCCGGGGGAAACAUAAUACAGCCUGGCGCAACGCUUUUCUCGAAUGAUCUUCAAAGAAAUGGAGUUGAUACGGAAGAGGAAAUCUAUCGAGUUACAUACCAUGGCAAAGGAAGAAUGCCGAGUGAGGCCAGGAGGAUGAAAUUUUCGUAUGAACAGAUGUGCUACAUCCUCCCAUCUAGGAUUCGCCCCCAGCUGCAGCGUCUGGUACCGAAUGGAAGCUACGGGGCGAGCUAUGAUAGAUGUGCCGAAUGGAAGCGUCACUUUUCACGUAGCUGAUGCGCAUGGGUCCUCUACCUCUGUUCGUGUUGGGCGGUCUGUCACCCCCGCUGCGUUUAAUGUUCAUUGAGGCUAUGAGGUAUCGUCGAGCUCUAGACGUUAAAUUAAGCACU